AUGGGCCGAGCGGUGAAGUGGGAGGAGGUGGUGGGGAGCGUGGCAGCGCGGCGAGACGUGCGUCUGGCAGUGCUGCACGCGCUGAGACGAAAGCGGGUGGAGGAAGCAGUUGAUUUGAUCUGCUCCCUCGCAGGUCUGGGGCUAUCCCCAAGGAAGCUAGCAGUGAGCGACCAGGUGUACCAAGCAUGCGUUGCCGCCUCCAACCUGCCCCUCGUGAUGCGCUUCAUCCUGCACCUGCCAUCUGCAAGUUCAGUGGAUUACAACAAGGCCCUCAAGGAGUGUGCCAGGCAGGGCAAGCUACAACUAGCAUUGACACUCUUCCACGCACUCAGGAAGGGGUGCAGAGCAGGAGGAAGUGGGGGUGGUGAUAGCAGCAGUAACAGAAGCAGCAGCGGUGGUACCAGGGAGUCACCUGGAGAAGAUUCGUUGCCACCUGGCGUUUCACCUGAGGUUUUACCUGAGGAGGGCGCGUUACCUGAAAUAGCACCUGGAGUGGAACCUGACAUGUUCACCUACCGUUCCAUGAUGGACGUGUGUGCAGCAUGCGGCGCAGGCACUACGGCUGCUGAAAUCAUUCAGGCUAUGGUGGAGGAGGACGGGGUGGGUGUUAGGUACCCAACAACACCUACGCGGUCAGCGGAGCAGAGCUCACAGCACUCAAUGCUUGUGCUGACUGACACCCGCUCUUCGUUUCCUUUUUUAUUGGCGCCUGCUCCCAUCCCUCCCUCCCCUGCUGUGGUACCACCAGGCUAUGGUGGAGGAGGACGGGGUGGCACCUACGUGGCUAUGGUGGAGGAGGACGGGGUGGUACCCAACACCUAUGUGGUCAACAGUGCUCUUAACGCGUGCAUCAGCGACUGGGACGCCACGUGGUCGCUCUGGUUCCGCAUGGAGCGUCUCGGUGUAAGCCCCGACGCCACCACCUUCAACACGCUGCUCAAGGCCUGUGCCGCCCACUGCCGCCCGGAUGCUGCCCAGCUGCUGUACGAGCAGCUGAGGGCGCUGGAGGAGCGAGAAGAACGGGCUGGAGGCAACCACAGCAGCAGGCAAGAUAGACGCACCGCCUUCGCCGUCAAAUCCGACAUGGACCAAUCAGGCGUGUGCGCCAACGUGGUGACGUGGACGUCUCUGAUUGGUGCGUGCGUGCACGCGGGGUUUGUGGACCAUGCGUUUAGGGUUUUUGACGAGAUGGUGGGGUCUGGGUGUGAGGCGACCACUGCUGUGUAUAACCUGAUGAUCGACAUGUGCGCCGAAGCUGGGCUGGAGGAUCGGGCGGUGGCGUUGCUUCGGGAAAUGCAGGCUGGGGGGAGGAGCGGGAAGAUGAGGGCGGGGGAAGAGAGGGGGGAUGAGGAGAGUGGAGUGGAGCAAGAGGUUUCAGUUGUUGCUGCAUCGUCUCCCUCCUCCUCCACCACCUCUGCCUCCUCCUCCUCUCCUCCCUCCUCCCCCUCCAUCUGCGCCCCCGAUAUAAUCACAUUCAACACAGUCAUCAAGGCGUGCACAGGCAGCCCCCAGCGCGCGCGGGCGUUUGUGGGGGAGAUGCGAGCGGCAGGGAUAGCACCCAACGAGCGCACGUGGGUGGCACUCUUGGAUUGCCAUGGGACCAACGCGGAUACAGCUGCUGCUGUGCAGGCGUUUCAAGGCAUGCAAGCAGCGGGGUUCAAAGCUGACGUGGUCGCAUACACUGCUGUAAUCAAGGUGUGUGUCAUCAGUUAUAUGGUCGCUGCUGUCAUGAAGUAUGUUGAAUCAACUUAG